UAGCGGGCUUCAUCGCUCUGGACUGGUCUCUUAUGGCCCUAGCCCUCGUCCCGAUUCUCAUCCGAAUCUCCCUCCGGACCCGCAACCGCGGCCUCAACUCGCUAGCCGCCUCCAUCGCCGACGCCUUCGUAGUUCUCGCCUGGCUCUCCGGCGCCGUGCUCAUCAGCAUCAACACCUGGAAAAACAAUCUUCGCAUGAAAUAUCUCUCCACCCCUCCAUCCGAACUCUACUACGGUGUCCCUGAACACCUCUCCGGCCACUUGCUCUACGUCUCCUGGAUCAGCCUGUUCUUCAUCUACAUCAGCCUUUGGAGCGCCAAGGCCGCGUUUCUCGCCUUCUACUACAGCAUUUUCUCACUGCAGGGAAAGAGGGCCAGGAUUACGCUAGCCGUGGCGUGCGUGUUCACGGCCGCCACCUUCCUCCUGCACAUGUUCCUCAUCGCCUUUUGGUGCUCCCCGGUGUCAUCGAACUGGAGUCCGCCGCCCGGUGAGCACUUGUGCUCUGCCGUGCACAGCAUGUCCAGCGUUACGAUCUCGACGUUCACCAACAUCGCCACGGAUCUGGUGAUCCUCAGCAUCCCCAUCAGCACGCUUCUCUCGACCAAACUGGGUCGCAUGGAGCGCGCAGGUCUCGCUUUCGUCUUCCUCAUGGGCAGCGUCUCUAUCCUCGCGGCGCUGGUGCGCUUCAUCACGCUCAAGCUGGUGCAAUCGGUGCCGCGGGCGAGUAUCACGCACACGAUCGAUGUGUGGGCGCUCGUGGAAAUUGUGUCUUCGAUCCUGGCGGUGUGUCUGCCGACGCUGAGGACGUUUGCCAGGAAGCACGGGCUCAGCCGCGAAAGAGGUGCGGUGCGCUUGACAAGCCGAUCGGGGAGCGGCAGUAGUGGGGCCCACGAUGGGUCGUUCGCGAGGGUGGACAGCGAGAAGAGUGGGAAUGGGGUCGCGAGGGAGAUGUGGUAUGAGAGGGAUGAGGAGGAGAUCUACAUCGAAAGGCCUGCGGAUGUGAGGAGUACGCCACGGUACAGCUGAGCGUCUCCACGUCUCUUUCUUUUGUUGGACGACAUAAUUUUUCCUUACUCUCUGUUCGAUACGACGGCCGGUUGCGAUUUGAAUGCAUAGCAAGGCGUUUUGACGACGACGAUGAUGAUGAUGGAGAUGAGUUACGAAUGCAUUGCGCCGGAGUUGGUUGGAUUGGUGGUUUCCCUUUUUCCGAGAUACCUACUGGAUUUUGUUGAUAUUGAUGU